UGUAUUAAACAGGAAGACAACGGGACCGAAACUCGAUUUGGCAACAUGAAAUCACGCCUGGCUGAAGGACAACUCUGACAGCACGUACAUUACCGGUCAAGCCGCGUCGACAGAAAGCUAGAAAACCCGCCCGUUUGCUCUAAACUGCGCCCGUUUGUAAUUCAGGACGAUUUUUACAACCAAACGGAAGCCGCUUACCGACCAGGUGUUUUUUUUUAAGAUCGCCCCAUUAGCUUGUCGGCUAACUUUAAACACCGCUUGCCGUACAACGUUCGCUCUCAGCUGGCCCCGUUUCACAACACGGCAAGCAGGUCGAUUGGCUUUUAACAUUUCGUCAUGGGAUCCAGGGCGUCCACGUUACUUCGAGAAGAAGAAAUCGAAGAAAUAAAGAAAGAGACUGGCUUCUCCCACAGCCAGAUCACUCGAUUGUACAGCCGCUUCACCAGCCUGGAUAAAGGAGAAAACGGCACCCUCAGUCGAGAGGAUUUCCAAAGGAUCCCCGAGCUGGCCAUCAAUCCUCUGGGGGACAGAAUCAUCAACGCCUUCUUUCCAGAGGGAGAGGACCAGGUGAACUUCAGGGGCUUCAUGCGCACCUUGGCUCACUUCAGGCCGAUCGAGGACAACGAGAAGAGCAAGAACUCCCCCGCCUCGGAGCCGCUCAACAGCCGGACGAACAAGCUGCUGUUCGCCUUCCGGCUCUACGACCUGGACAGAGAUGACAAAAUAUCUCGGGACGAGCUGCUGCAGGUUUUACGGAUGAUGGUCGGCGUCUUGGAAAAGGUGGACGUGGAACAGAAAAUGAGCAUCCGGUUUUUGCACUAGGUAUUUUUUUUUCUUUUUUUUUUUUUCUCUUCACAUUUUGAGUGGAGCUUGAACCUCACUGUUGACGUCGGGACACAACCUCCUCCAGCUUCUCAGCGGGCCGCCAUGCCCCACUUUAGUAGUAAACGCCGUCACAUCGAGCAUUUGGUAGCUUUCUGCCUUUGCACUGUUCUGUAAACAAAGGGAAAAGCUGUGUGCCUUGGAUUGUUUUGAUGAAACGUCAUCAUAUGUAUAUUUUCCCAGUAACUCAAUACUAUUUAUUAGAAAACGUUUCAAGGGUAAUGGUGGGUCCUGGUGCUCUACUUUCCACGUGGUGAAAUAAUUUCAUUGCCCGGUACUACAAAGCCUCUUGCUUUUGUUCCAAGUUCACUCGUGCUCCACUAAUAUUUAUCUCAUCCUGCGUUGUCUGUAUGAAUACCCAGUAGUUCAAAGUGUUAGGUGUGAUUCCGCUUCUGAAAAGUCAAGUGUUUUUAAUGCUAACGGUCUGUUCUGAUGCUCAGCCACCCGUAAGUCGGUCGCCAAAAGGAAAGCGGGACCUGCCCCUCAGCUUGUUUUUCUCACUCAAGUGCCAUGACUUUGGUUGCCCUUAUUUUCAGACGGAGCCCAAAGCCUUGUUCCAUUUGGUUAACAACUGUAAAUCCACCAGAACAGUUUUGUCUGUUUCAACUGUCGGACUCCAAGCAAAGCAAAUAUAACAGCAAUGUCCUCUUUGCGUACAGUUUAACGCGUGGAUUUAGAAGAUUUAGCACCCAUGCCAGCAGUUGCUGAAGUUGGAAAAAGGCCAGAUUUAGCUGCCAAUCUGACCUACGUUCACAAAGAUUAUCAACAUUUUUUUUUUGAUGGACUCAAUAAAAGUGUGGCUUUGAGUGUUGGCUCCUGUAAUGGAGGUUUGGCAGGGGCACGCUAGAUGGUACGCCUCUGUCUCCACUGGCUUAAGAAAAAUGUUAUUUCUAGUACUGCUCAGUAUUUAUCAUGUAUUUGAUAUCCGAACUGAGUUGCUACAGAUGCUGAACAGAAUCAAAUGCUUAAAGAAUAUAUAUAUAUAUAUAUAUAUAUCCUAUAAAGGCUUGUAAACAUGAACCAGAGUGUGGCUGUCAGACCUCUUUUAAUCUUUAAUGUGAGUUUGUUGAAUCAUUACACCCUCCACAGCUGAUUGCAGGAAAAACACUCAACCGUUUUAUUAAUCAUUAUGUGAUCAUCAGUCAGAUGUAAUCCACUUGUUAUGUGGUGGGGUUGUAGAUAUCAAUCAUGAAUUUGAUUUGAAUAAAAUAAGUGCCAAGAA